AUGUCCGCCACAGCUGGCAACUGCUUCUCAGAUCAGUCAUGGGAUCCGCAACCUAUGCCAGCUAAACCGUAUCCGCCCGGAAAGACAUGUCCUGACAGACCACCAGACGGCGAGCUUUGGGCGUGUGAAGACCCCAAUAUCGACUUUCCCACGGUUGAAUGUCUAAUCGCCGACAUGAAAACCUGUGGAAUCAUUACGAACGGCCAUCCCACUAUCCUCUUUUCGUUCGGCGUGAGCAAUGGAAAUAUCAAGAAACUUCGUGAUCAGUACAACCCUCUGGGAAAUGUAUAUAACGAGAUGCCGGACAACGCCUACUGGGGAAAUGUGAUGAUGGGAAGCCGGGGGAAGACUUUUCAGCUGGGUAUAAAUGAAAGGGGAGACGUCUACAUUGCGCGUUCUGCGGAGGCGAUUGGCGCGGCUGCUAGCGGUGACAUCCUUGUUUAUGUCGGGGAGAAGAACGGUUAUGGCGGACUGGGUGCUUUUCAGCAGGAUAAUCCUGAGAAAAGAAGACCCGACAAUGGUCCCAACAUCUUUCGCACUUAUGAGCUUCCAGCCGUGCAACACAACGGCUCAGUAACGCGUAUCAUCAGCGUUGACAUCUCCAACAACGCCCAGCAUACCGUGGACUGGGAAAAUGGACAGUCGGCACCAGGUCUGAACAACCCUCUCCUGCCGCCGGGAUUGGCGAAUGAUAUACCAGUCCCACCCGUGCCACGAUUCGUCUUCGAGAGGCGAGCUGUCGAUUCAUCCCGCGACGUUGCACCAGCUGGAAUUGCGGAAGGCACAUCGUGGGAUGGUGGCUGA